AUGCAUUCCAAUAUUCCACCACUCAUGGCCAAGAUGAGAGUUGGAUUUAUUGGACUAGGGAUGAUGGGGACGCCAAUGGCAUUGAGACUCUCCCGCAAAUUUCCUCUCACGGUCUGGAAUCGGAGCCCCUCGAAAUACCCGGAACUGACGAAGGCUGGAGCUACAAUCGGCGAAACUCCAUCUCAAGUUGUUGAACAGUCGGAUAUUGUCUUCACCAUGCUUUUCAACGGGCCCGCCAUACAAUCCAUCCUCAGUGAUGACUUUAGAAAAGCGCUUCAAGGAAAGCUGCUGGUCAACACCAGUUCCGUGUCGGUCGAAUUCAGCAACUUCCUCGCAAACUACGUCCACGAAGCAGGUGGCAGAUUUAUCGAAAUGCCCGUCAGCGGUAGCAAAGUUCCGGCCGAACAAGGAAACCUCGUUGGUAUGAUGGCGGGCGACCGUCUCGCUUGCGCGAGCAUCGAAGAUAUCGUCCAGCCUAUUACCUGCGCCGCUGUAUACUGCGGCCCUAUCGGAUCCGGACUCAAGACCAAGUACGCCGUCAACCUCUACCUCGUCACGAUGACGGCGGGACUCGCCGAGUCGAUGAACUUGGCCCGGGCGCAAGGUCUCGACCUUCAGGCUUUUGGAAUGGUGCUCGACGCCGGGCCGUUGGCUUCGGCUUACUCGAAGCUCAAGAUUGCCAAGAUGAUCAAUCAGGACUGGUCUCCUCAGGCAGCCAUGAAGGAUUGCUACAACAGUGCCCAACUCAUUCAGUCGGCAGUCAAGGCGGCAGACACCUGGUCGCCACUUGCACAGCUGUGCGAAUCGUUGUACGGAGAAGCAAUUGAGUCUGGACUCGGCGAGGAGGAUAUGAUCGCUGUUGUGAAGUUGCUCUCACGGCCACCAUCUUAA